AUGGAAAAGUCAAACUCAAAUAAUUGCCAUAUCGCAAUUGUGGCACCGUCGCCGGAGGACUAUGAGACGGCCAGAGCCUUAUUGGACGAACCGGAGCCAGAAUAUCAGUUGCCGAGCUCGGGAGCUGCAUGCUCGGUUGGAAAAGUUGGCCCUCAUGAUGUCGUCUUGGUCGGAAAAACCAAUGACAUGACCAAUGUCUCUGUCGUUGUCAAAGACACUGUCGAUGAUUUACUCGAAGCUUUCCCUUGCAUUCGAGCUGGCUUUCUGAUUGGAGUCGAUGCUACAGCACCCGAGAAGAGCCUCGCCACACCUGGCGAUAUCGUAGUGGCUUUUCCGCAUGGCCUUCAACCCGGGCAAGUUCAGUUCAGCGCGAAUGAGACAAUUGUUUCGAAGCGCAUCUCCACGACUUUUGAAAUGAGUCGCCCACCAUCCUGCGUUCAAUCCGCCAUAAAUGGCUUGAGGUCUCCAAUAGGCCAUGAGCAAUGGCAAAGAUGCUUGGCCACAAAGCUAUCGAGGCCCGAGUUUUCCAGUCAGGAUGCCACAGAACACUCAUUCCAUCCAAGCAAAGUUUACGGCGGCAAAAUAGCGUCUUCUUCGAGCUUCUUGUCCGAUAAUGUCUUGGUCGACCAGAUUGGAAGUAGCAAUAAGAUUAUCUGUUUCGAACGAGCAGCAGCGGAUCUCCAGCCAAGACUUCCAAUCUUGACCAUCUGUGGCAUAGUCAGCUCUACAAACUCCUCAACUAUUAGUGACACGGCAAUACGCCGUACGAGAGCCGCCGCAGUUAUAUAUGCUAUGUUUGUGGCACGCAGAAUUGGUACCAUGGAACUGGAGCAACAGGAGAAUUUCACAGAUCUAUUUCAGUAUGAAUCUUUCGAUCUAGAACGCCCAGGGUUCCGGCUUAUACGACUUGCUCGAGGUUUCAAAUCUCAACUUAAAUGCCAUCUUUUCCAAGCGUACCUUGAUGAGGAGGAUCUUAUCCCCUAUGAAGGGCUCUCUUACGUUUGGGGAAGCCAAGACACACCUAACGAGAUUGAUGUCAAUGGGAAGUCUCUCGCUAUCACGGCAAGCUUGCACGACGCUCUUUGGCUCCUGAGACAGAUAGACGAGGAUCGAAUACUAUGGGUUGACGCUGUGUGUAUUGAUCAAAGCAAUAUCAAGGAACGAGGCCACCAAGUCACUCAUAUGGGAGAGAUCUAUAGGAAAGCUGACAACGUGAUAUUUUGGCUCGGGUAUCUCAGUGGCGAUGCUGCCUUGUUGAAAUCCACCAUUGAUAGGUUCAAGAGGCAAUUACCACCACAGGCAUUUCGGCAAUGGUCACGAGAAGAUUACCGUUGGAAUCAUCAAUGGAAACGAGCACAGGAUGGCUGUCAAAAAAAUUACGAGAGAUUAUACAAUGGGCUGCGAAGUUUCAUGGAAAAUCCCUGGUUCUCAAGAGUUUGGAUUUUGCAGGAAGUGGCCAACGCAAAACGAGCGAUCGUGGAGUGCAAUAUUGGGAGCAUCCCGGCAAAGGUGUUCGCCCUUCUACCACAUGCCAUGAAUAUUCAAGUCAGCGAGCAAUGCCAAGCUAUCUUGGACAUUAUGCCAGGUCCACUGAAAGGCUCAUCUUGGUGGAACCAAAACCGAAACCUCUGUAACCUCAUGUGGAAGUUCAGAGGGUGUCAAGCCACGGACCCCAGGGACAGGGUUUACGCGCUGCUUGGAAUGGCGUCUGACACGGAGUACAACGACAUCCGAGCCGAUUACGCCAAAAGCGAGUCGGCAGUCAUGAAAGACUUUGCCGGGUACCUAUUGUGCGAGGAGUGGCCUGGGAAUGAUCCACCAGCACCAAGUAUCGAAGUUCUGCAAUCAGAGCUUCCAGCUCUAUCAAAAGAGAUGCUUUUACAGAGACUUGAGCAGCAGAUACCACAUUCUUCUCUGGGGCAGUUUCUUAGCCGGCAAGGUCCCAUAUUGAAGAUCGAUGAUUCUAGCAUGCUGGAUAUCGUGCAACGUGGAAGCGAGAACACAUCUCUUUUUCUGGAUAGAGCUGAAAAGGGAUUUCAUUUCACUUCACGUGCUGCAUUGCAGUGUCUCUUGUGGUACCCUGAUGUCUUUGAGACGCUUUUGCAAAGGCCAAAAUCUGUCAUUAGGCCUACACCGGAAUUCAUCGCCAGUGCCAUAGAGUCUCGUCCAGAAAUUCUAGAGCGACUACUUGGAUUAUCCCCUAACCAAGAUCGAUUAAGAGAGAGGGCUUUCGUGAGCACAAUCAAAAGAGGUUUGCGUUCAUGUAAAUCAUUUCUUAAACAUUGCGAUAUUCCUGUCCCGAUAACCUCGAUGAUGUUGAGGGUAACUCUUCACGACCUAAGUGUGCUGGAGCAUAUUCUUUGGGUAGCCAGAACCCCAGUUCAGCUGCACCGGAGCAUCUAUCUCAAAGCCACGCCUCAAAACAACUGCGGUAUUCGAAUUCUGGACCAACAUAGUCAACCUAUCAUGAGGCUGACUAAAAAGAUCAUUGACGAGAGCGAGGACAAGGAUGCAGAUGUUCUUAAUUUUUUAGCUGACUUUUUGGGAUGCCCAGAUGAGCUGAGAGAAUACCUUCAGCGCUAA